AUGUGGGGGAAGAAAGGCUUUAUGGCGGUUAAGCUCGACAUGAGCAAAGCAUAUAAUAGGGUGGAAUUGAAUUUUUUAGAAGCAGUGAUGCAUCGAAUGGGUUUUCAUGACCGUUGGAUAGGUCUCAUCAUGAUGUGUGUAAAAUCGGUGCAGUACUCUAUUCUAGUUAAUGGAAAGCCUUGUGGCCUUAUUUCCCCUACUCGUGGUAUCCGACAAGGAGAUCCUAUUUCUCUUUAUCUUUUUCUCUUAUGUGCAGAGGCUUUAAGUGCCAUGAUAUCUCAUGCAAACGAUGAGGGGGUUUUGACAGGGGUUCCCACAUCGAAAAAAGGUCCGACGCUUAGCCAUUUGUUCUUCGCCGAUGAUAGCUUGCUUUUUUGCAGGUCAACUAUAGCUCAGUGGAAUUCUUUGUCCUUCAUUUUACAAGUAUAUGAAGGGGCCUCUGGACAGAAAAUGAAUUCAAAUAAGACGGCUCUCUUCUUCAGUCGAAAUGCCCAUGAUGGUGAUAAAGAACAAAUACAGAGAUUGGCUGGGAUUCCUAUUAAUCAAAGAUAUGAUACUUAUUUGGGGUUGCCUACCCUUGUGGGAAGAUCACAGACUCGAGCCUUUAACAAUAUCAAGGAGAGGGUGUGGAAGCGUCUCCAAGAUUGGAAAUUAAAAUUUCUGUCCCAAGCAGGAAAAGAAAUUUUAUUGAAGGCGGUGAUCCAAGCCAUACCUACCUAUUGUAUGAGCGUUUUCAAGCUUCCUAAGGUGCUUUGCUCAGAGAUCAAUUCUUUGAUGACGAAGUUCUUCUGGAGCCAUAAAGAGAAGGAAAAACGAAUUCAUUGGAUGAGCUGGAGUAAAAUGAGUCUGUCCAAGACACAAGGGGGUAUGGGUUUUCGGGACAUUGUUACUUUCAACAAAGCUCUCUUGGCUAAACAAAUUUGGCGGCUAUGGAAAUCCCCGGACAGCUUAAUUGCAAAGAUUAUGAAGGCAAAGUACUAUCUGGAGUGCUCGGUUCUUGAUGCUCCUUGUGGGAAGAAACUUUCUUUUGCAUGGAGAAGUAUUCAAAAUGCUAGUGAUCUUGUCAAUGAGGGCUUAAUUUGGCGAGUUGGAAAUGGGAGAUCAAUUCGCAUUUGGCAAGACCGAUGGAUUAAGUCCCCAACUACAUAUAGGGUGCUUUCCCCCCCAAGUGUCAUUGACCCUACUUCAACAGUGAGUGUACUGAUUGAUCAUAAUACAAAAUGGUGGAAUCCAAUGAUGUUGGAACAAUUGUUUUCAAGAGAAGAGAUGCUUGCUAUCCAAUCGAUCCUGGUUAGCUCCACGGAUCAAGAGGACACCCUUAUAUGGAGGGGUACAGCCAAGGGGAUUUUUACGGUGAGGAGCACUUACCACCUACAAAGGGAGCGAGACAUGGCUGGCCAAGCGGAGGGAUCCUCAAAUGCCAGAAAUCACCCAAUCUGGAGAACAUUUGGCAGUUCCCCGAAUCAAAUGCUGAAAAGCAUUUUCUUUGGCGUGCUUGCCACAAUAUACUACCAACUAGAGCCCAGCUUUGUCACCGGAAGAUCCUCACGAAUCCCUCAUGUGGUUGAGGGACUGUUUCACAAAUGUGACCAGGUGGAUUUUGCCAAGUUUGUGAGUAUUGCUAGACGGAUAUGGCUUCGACAUAAUGAAUUUAUACAUGACGGGCUCUUUGCCCAUCCCAAUAUUAUUGUCCUACAAGCCACCCAAGCAACGGAGGCUUUUUUGGCUUUGUUGGGGACGGGGAAGCCAGCCAGAGAUUCAGCAAGUGUCUCCCCAGUGUAUAAAUGGCAGGCACCCCCCCAGGGUUGGUUACAAGCAAACUGGGAUGCUAGGGUGGACCGAAACCAGGCUUGUGUGGGACUUGGAAUCAUUAUCCGUGAUCAUCAUGGGGUUAUGAGGGCUGCCCGGAACCAGAUACGCAAAGGUUGUUUGGAUCCCACAGCAGCGGAAGGUAUGGCUGCGUUGCUGGCCAUCCAGACGUGCGUGGAACUGGGCUUCUCAAAGGUCCAAUUGGAGGGUGAUGCGAAGAGCAUUAUUGAAGCAGUAAAGUCAGGGGAGCCAGAUGACAGUGCCACGGGCCAACUCACAGCGGAUAUUCGAUCCAUGGUAGGGGCUAUUCCAGAUUGGGAGAUGAUUCAUACACGGAGAGAGGCCAACCAGGUGGCUCAUUGUUUAGCUAGAGCUGCUAUUAUACACUCAAUGGAUAAGGUGUGGCUUUAUGACCCACCAGACUGUAUACGUGAUCAUCUGCAAGCAGAUCUUUCUGCUUUGCUUAUUUCAACAUAA